AAUUACUCUUUGUUUUAAGUUUUCUUAUUUUGACUUUGGUUACUAUAUAAACACAAAUUGUUUUUAUUUUAUUCUGCUUAAAAAAAUUAGGUAUAUACUAAAAUGUCAUCACUACAACCGAUUCACGCACUCAACUUAGAUUCCGUGCAGCAGCAAGCAUUCAUUAAAUACUUUCAUUCUUUACCUGAUAAACCACCAACAACUGUUAGAAUAUUCGAUCGCAAUGAUUACUACAGCGUUCACGGCAUCGAUGCAACAACGGCGGCUCGUGAAGUGUUCUCGUCGAUUUCUAACAUUAAGAAGAUGGGCAUCGAACCAAAUCGACUUGAUUAUUUAGUUCUUUCUAAAGGAAACUUCGAAAUACUUAUAAGGAAGUUAUUACUGGUUCGUCGAUAUAGAGUAGAAAUAUACGUUCCAGAAGGUUCUGUAAAAGCCUGCGAUUGGUCGGUCAAAUACAAAGGCUCACCGGGAUAUUUGUCUCAACUGGAAGAGGUUUUAGGAGAAGGUCUAGGUUCCUCCAACGAACGAGCUCCUUGUUUGAUGGCGGUUAAUAUAAAGAGUGAUCCUGUAACUAGGAGUCGUCUAUUGGGUGUGGCGUGUAUCACAUCAGGGGAGUAUUUGUUGUCUGUAUCAGAGUUUACUGAUGACGAUCUUCUAACUGAAUUAGAGACUAUCACCGUUCAAAUGGCUCCAUCUGAAUGUUUAAUUGCACUUGCUGAAAAUGAUGACUAUAAAGCUCUGAAAAAAGUAAUGGAAAGAGCGAACGUGACCUUGACAAAAGUGAAAAAAGGAGAGUUUUCAACUGAAGGCCUUAAUCAAGAUUUAAACAGAUUACUAAAAUUCAAGGAGGGACAACAACAGGACGCCAACGCUUUUCCAGAAUUAAGAAAACAAGUUGCGAUGACAAGCUUGGCAGCUACUAUCAGAUACACAUCUCUAUUAAAUGAUAACACUAAUUUUGGAAGAUUUCGCAUAACAACAAUACAACCAGAUUGCUUUUUACAUCUGGAUUCUGCUGCACUGACAGCUCUCAAUGUUUUACCAGAAUUGGGUGACACGAGUAACGCGCCCUCUAGAAGUUUAUACGGUCUUCUGGAUCGAUGCAGGACGCAACAUGGUAAACGACUUUUAGCGCAAUGGCUAAGACAGCCCCUCCGCGAUAUAAACUUAAUAAACGAAAGACUAGAUAUCGUAGAACUACUAAUGGAAAACUCUCAGCUCCGCUUGCAAUUACACGAGGAUCACUUAAGAAGGAUACCGGACUUGCAACUAUUGGCGAGACGACUUACAAGGAAAAAGGCCAAUUUGCAAGAUUGCUAUCGAAUUUAUCAGGCUAUCAACAGACUACCAUCGUUAUUGCAAUGUCUAGGAGACGCCGAUAACGCAACCUUGCAUUCCUCUCUAGCGGAACCGAUAUCUGAACUAAACAACGACCUAGAUAAGUAUCAACAGAUGAUCGAGGCUACUGUGGAUAUGGACGCUAUUGACAGAGGUGAUUUCCUAGUAAAACCAUCAUUUGACGAACAGCUACAAAAUUUAGCGGAACAAUUGGAAAAAUUACAGUCUUCUGCUGAGAAGGAAUUAAACAAAGCCGCUCGAGAUUUAGGCCUGGAUGCUGGGAAGAGUAUUAAACUUGAGAGCAAUGCACAGAAUGGAUUUAAUUUUAGGGUGACUUUAAAAGAUGAACAAAGCAUUCGUGGUAAUAAAAAGUACGUUAUAAUUGAUGCAGUGAAAGGUGGAGCAAGAUUUAAAACGAAUGCUUUGGAGAGUAUUACUGAAGAUUACUUGCAAACGAAAACGGCGUAUGAAAAGGAACAGGACAAAGUUGUUACGGAAAUUAUUGGAAUUGCAGCUGGAUAUUCGGAAUGCCUUUUCUGUUUAUCACACAUACUGUCAAGAUUGGAUGUACUGGUAUCGUUUGCAGUAGCGGCCACAACUGCACCGUUGCCUUAUUGUAGACCAAUUGUUACUGAGGAUCUCGAUGAAUUCAUUUUGAAAGACGUUCGGCAUCCUUGUUUAGAAGUACAAGAGGGAGUUUCUUAUAUACCCAAUGAUGUCAUUUUUAAACGAGACUCCUGCAUCAUGCACAUAGUAACUGGAGCAAAUAUGGGCGGUAAAUCGACAUGGAUGCGUUCGUGCGGCGUUGCCGCUCUGCUGGCUCACGCCGGCUGCCCAGUUCCCGCUAGCAGCGCGACGUUGCCGCUCCUCCGCGCCCUGUGCGCCCGCGUGGGCGCCGCCGACCGCGAGGACAAGGGACAGAGCACCUUCAUGCUGGAGAUGAUCGAGACCGCGGCCCUACUGAGGACGGCGACUCCAGACUCCCUAGUAUUGGUUGAUGAACUUGGUAGAGGGACAUCAACUUAUGAAGGCUGUGGAAUAGCUUGGGCAAUAGCAGAAAAAUUAGCCACAGAGAGCAAAUGUUUCUGUUUAUUCGCGACGCAUUACCACGAGUUGACAAGACUCCCGAGCUUACAUCCGAAUGUGAUAGUAAACUCUCACGCUGAAGCCUCAGUGGUCGAUCAACAAUUGCUCCUAUUGCACAAAAUAGCGCCCGGACCGGCGACGCAUUCCCUCGGUCUACAUGUUGCUAAAUUAGCAGAUCUCCCCGACUCAAUAAUUCAGUACGCUGAACAAAAACAGGCUCAAUUAGAAACAAACCUUUUUGAAGUCGAAGCAGCCGUCGACACUGAAGAAACAAGUAUAGGACAGAAAAUUAUUACGGAGUUUUUAAAAAAGUGUAAAAAAAUACAUGAAACAAUAGCUUCAGAUGAAGAAAUGUUAACAGAAAUAAAUAAAUACAAACAAGAACUUUUGCGGAGUGAAAGUAAAUAUGUACAAUCGAUAAUAUCUGCAUUGUAAAAUUUUUGCAUAUGACAAAAAUAAAGCAGAUAAUAAUUGUGACA